AUGCAAGUCCAAGAUACAACACCUCCUGAGUUUUCAGGAGACUUCGCUGUUUGCAACAAGGCAUCGGUCAAAGAUUUCGGAACAAAAGUAGAUGUGAUGCCAAUACAAAAAUUCUGGGAAAAACCAAUGGCGAGUGACGCUAAGAGCUGUCCCGUCAACGUGGAAGAACCAUUUCUGCCAAAGGAGUUUGGACAGGGUCAACAUGAGUAUGUCUAUGAAGCAACAGACGGUGCUCCUAGUCCCAACAAGAACAUUUGUAGAGUCCGAUUUUUUGUUGAAGUGAAGACGUGUUCAAUCCUUGCAUCUCCGAAUAAUGGCUUCCACGACUGUCCAAAAAUCGCCGACUACUUGCUUGUGGGAACCAUCUGCCGAUAUUCCUGCAAGGAACAAUUCAAAUUAGAGGGCGAUUCUCCGCUGGAAUGUAAAGGGACACCACAGGCUGUAAGCUGGACACCACAACCUGCUCCAGUUUGCACAAAAAUAACCUGUGACUCACUCUCAGAUCCUAUGCAUGGUUCAGUGACGUGCACAUUAGGUUAUGAUUACUACAGCAUCUGUACUUACUCCUGUGAUGACGGAUAUGGUCUUGACCGUGGAAUGGCUUCAUACCUCAUCUGCCUCUCUUAUGGCUGGUCUGCACAUCCCGUUAAGAAUUGUACAGAUAAUGAAAGCCCCACAUUCUCUGGUUGUGAGAUUCAGCCUGUGGUUUAUCGGUUUUCCGUCGCAGCCAAUGAGAGCGCAUCAAUCUUCAUUUGGACCAUCCCCGUUGCUACUGAUAAUGGUGGUAUAGCUCAAACCAUCACUGAGCCAGAUUAUCCCAAACCAGGCGUUGAUGAACUAGAAGCUAACUACUACAGUUUCUCAUAUUUAGUUACUGAUGACAGCGGCAAUGUUGGAACAUGCAGUGUUCUCCUUAUUGUGUCAGAGAUCCGAUGUGAACCUCUACCUUUCCAAGUAGGUCUACAUGCCUCUUGCAGCCAUGGAUCUCGUAGAGGUUCUUUUUGCCAUUUUUCCUGCUCUGCUGGAUACUACCUGGUGGGUAAUAACCAUGCCAUCUGCGAAAGCACCAACUCAAUUUCCAAGCAAGGGGAAUGGUCUAAUCCGACUGCCCAGUGUGAAGAGGUACGCUGUGAUCCAGCCCCUGCACUUCAGAAUGGGUAUUUUACCUUUGGAUUCUGCGAAACCAAACAUUUAUCUGUUUGUGUCUAUGAGUGUUCUGAGGGAUACAUGAUCAGAAAUAGUGUACUCUACUGUGUUGUUCAACCUGGGACUAACAUGGCUACAUGGGUCGGUGCUGAACCGGUCUGCGAAGUACAAACUUGUAACAGGCCACCGCUGUAUGGGAUCUUGGGGGUGAGCAAUGAGACACUCUGUGCAUCAUCUCCUUAUGUGCCUGCUGGUGAAACAUGUUCCUUUGGCUGCGCUGAAGAAUACGCCCUUAAGGGUGCUGAAAUCACCGAGUGUGGCCUGGAUGGAUCAUGGCUCCAACCCAUUCCAGAAUGUGAAGCUAUCACUUGUUCUUCGAUUCCUGAACCUAGGAAUGGAGGAAUAAAUGGAUGCCCUCUUCAGAGUAAGAUUGGGUACGGAUAUACCUGCACUCUCUUCUGUAACGUUGGUUUUAAGCCAAUCAAUGAAAGCGAUCCCGUUCAACGUGUGUGUGGUAAAGAUGAACAUGACAGAGGCUACUGGAAAGGAGGUGGGACAAUCUCAUGUGCUGUUGUGACUUGCCUCCCACUCUCUGAUCUGGUAAAUGGUGAAAUCAUAUCUUGUACAAACGAUGGAUCAAGCACCAACGUCAGUCACAUUCAACAUUACAACACAAUCUGCAAAUCAUCCUGCAAUCCUGGCUACACUCCACAGUACAGCACCAAUCAUAGAUGUAUGGAGGAUGGAUCCUGGGAUGGCAUUGAUCAGCUCUGUCAAGACGAAACUAACCCGAGAGUUACCUGUCCAUCAGAUCAGAAUUUGUAUGCGGACUACAACCAGAUGGAGGCAACGUUCCAAGCUAAUCUAUGGGAGCCUGUACAGGCAACAGAUGCUGGAGAUAUUUUGACAGCAUAUCUUUAUAGCGUGGAUUCAAACAUUGCGAAUGGCAUCAUACCAACUACUCUUCCAGAGGGAGAACAUACCAUUCACUAUCGGGCUACUGAUACUGCUGGAAAUCAGGAUUCAUGUUCAUUCACUCUAGAUGUCAAAGUGACCAGAUGCCCUCCACUGUUUGUGCCACCAAAUGGUGAACUUACGAUGGCUUUUGGUAGUGGAAGCUGUACGGGAGGGGCCAUCUAUGGAUCUGAGUGCCUGGUUUCUUGCCUGGAUGGCCAUGUACUCUCUGAGGACCCUGGGGAUGAUUCCUUUUUCUCCCUUGUCUGCAACCGAUCCAGUUCACCUUCCACAGUUGGGAGCUGGAGUGAGUCCGUCCCAUCGUGCAACAAGAUUGAAUGUGACAUUCCAUCAGUUUCCAAUGGUUCUGUUUCCGGUUGUCCGAUAUCUGCUCUCUAUGGAGAUUCAUGUUAUUUCAGUUGCAAUGAUGGAUUCAAGACCAGUGAAGGAUUGAAGUCUAUUACCAGAGUUUGUCAGGAUUAUGGCACAUUUGAUGGACAAGACCUCCAUUGUGAUGUUCAAGUUACAUGUCCUUCGCUGAUUGAACCUGAAGAUGGGUUCGUCACGCCAGACGUUUGUACCAAUCCGGGUGGAGUGCUUUACAACACCCUGUGCUCAUUCUCAUGCGAUGAUGGCUACCUCCAAAAUGGGGUCUACCAAAAGACCUGUCUCCGUAGCGGAUUGUGGAAUGACGUGCGAGAAGUAACAUGCACAGAUAAUGAAGCACCUGUUUUCUCACCUCCUUGUCCAAUGAAUCACUACUACAAUGCUGAUAGAGGAUACACCUAUGCCUCUAUACUUGAAAUCAGCGACCUGGAACCUGAAGCAUCUGACAACUCUGGCGAAUUUAGUUUGACACUGAAAUCAAUGAUACCAAUCGAGUACAAGUUUCCUGAGACCCCAACAAGAUUGACCUUCAAUGCUAUUGACUCUGAAGGAAAUCUGGCAGUUUGUGACGUUAUUGUUCAUGUUACAGUUUUCCGAUGUCCUCGUCUUCAAGCUCCGUUUCAUGGAUCUGUUGUUACCUGCUCCGUUAGUCCUGUGUAUGGGUCUCAGUGUUCCUUCUCAUGUAAUGAAGGAUAUGACCUUGUAGGAUCAGAAACAAGAACAUGUGAAUUGAGCGGUGAUUAUGGACCGGCUAGCUGGACCGGUACCGAACCAGUAUGUCAAGCAAAGUCCUGCCCAGCGCUGACCACACCUGAAAACGCUGUGAAAUCCGGCUGCAUAAACAACCCACCAAACACCGAAGUCUACGGCACUCAGUGUAUUUUCUACUGUCUGUACGGUUUUGAAGGGAUUGGUGAUAGCAGCUCAGUCUGUCAGGCAGAUGGAACUUGGACCAAUAAUAGUUUCAAUUGCAGACCUACAUCAUGUUCACUCUUAGUAGUUCCAGACGGGGGCUCAGUCACUCCAGAGGAAUGUUCAAUAACUCCUGUCUUUGGACAGUCAUGUGUUGUAUCAUGUACUCAACAAGGUUAUCAGCUUGAUCCUCCUAACUUCUCUGUGCUGUCAUGUCAAGGAAAUGGACAGUGGGCUCCAGGAGACCUCACAAUGACAACUUGCAAAGACAUACAACGCCCAUCCUUUUUAACAUGUCCUCAAUAUCUGACUUUCAACCCUCCUUCUGGGGAAAUUAUGGUAAACAUCUCCUGGACUGUAAUACCUGAGGACAACAGUGGUGAAGAACCUACCGUUACAUGUAACAAAGAACAACGCCUGACAGGAGAAGGUGACUUUGAGGUUAGGUGCACAGCCACAGAUGCUACAGGAAAUAGCAAAACGUGUACAUUUGACGUUGCAGUACAGGUUCACAGGUGCCGUCCGUAUUUGCUGCCAUCUUUUGCUGAGUUUGCUGAUGUAUGUAAUACAAUAUGGGGCGCUGAGUGCAGCAUAACCUGCAAUCCUGGGUAUCGCCUGACUGGUUCUAGCACGGUCACAUGUGAGUUUGAUGAAUCUACAGCAAUCUCAAGCUGGACUGCACAAACAACACCGAGAUGCGAAGCCAUAAGGUGCGAUCCUCUAGAAUUACCUGAGCAUGUCAACAUUAAUCCAUCUUUAUGUGCUGGACCAGUUGAUGUGAGUGUGGGUACCAGGUGCACACCUUACUGCCCUACUGGUACAGAUCUACAAGGCGAUGGAUCGCCGAUCGUUUGUGGAAGUGAUGGUCAAUGGAAUAGAUUCAUCAAUGGCUUAUCAGAAGAUUUAGCAUGUUUGGACAUUACAGCACCAAUCUUGACAUCGUGUCCGUCUCCCAUCACCGUCACUCGGACUGAAGCUUGGGGUGUACAAGUGUCAUUUACUCCGCCUACUGCUACUGACUCUUUAGAUGGUAGCAGCCUCAUUGUCACAACGUCACCAUCUGAUCUGGCAUCUCCAUACAACCUGACUGAAGACACUACAUUUAUCUAUACAUUCUCUGAUAAUGCAGACAAUCAGGUCAACUGCUUGUUUCCCAUUUAUGUUCAAGAUGAGCUUUCCCCAGUUCUGGUGUCUUGUCCUAACAACACCCAAGUCUCCACCAGCCAACAAGAAACAGAGGUCACAUGGGAUCCACCUGUAUUCCUUGAACCUACGGGGGAUCCACUUGACAUUUCAUGUAACUAUAACAACGGCAUGGCCACCUUAGCCAUCAACAAGAACCACUUAAUAGAAUGCAGGGCUACAAACCAAGACAACGGCAAGACGACUACUUGCAGCUUCAUUAUAAGUGUCAAAAGUAUUUCCUGCCCAGGCUUGGAUCCCCCACUAAAUGGAGCUUUGGUCUGUGAUGGAUGGAGUGAUGGAAUAUUUUGCAGUAUGUUAUGCAGAGAAGAUUUUUACAUUCCCGACACACAACCCAAAAUCCCUUCACAGUAUGUGUGUGGAUUAUCAGGAAAGUGGGCGCCUCAUAAUGACACAGCUGACUGUUCUGAAUCAGUGGAAGGGAAGAGGUACAGUCUCCCAAGUGAAUUAUUCUACUUCAGUGGUUCAUGUGGCACAAACGAGACACAGUUAGCCAUCGCUGCAGCAUUCCUUGAAGCAUUCCGAUCUUCAGACUUUAGUGACAGCUGCACUGUAGAUGAUGAAUGCACAGUGAAUAAUGUACAAGUGACAUGCGGUCCUGCUUCGAGCCGUCGGAGGCGCAAACGUAGAAGUAGACGAAGGCAGAUGGACAUACCUGUAGACCUUGGCAUAUUGGAGGAGCAUUUGCAUUCUGGACAUUCUUACUCUAAAAUACAUAAGAGAUCAGCUCUUGAUUUUGAAAUCGUCAUCGGAUUUAACGUUGAAUCUAAUGUGAUCGUGGGCGAAGGUCAGACGGACUUUGAUGCAGCACUAGAUGCAGAGGAAAAAAUGAUUGGUCUUGUCGAGACUCUCAUUGAGGGUGGUCAGUUGGACCUGAGUUCUAGAGUAGAUGAUUUCACUGCUGUACUGAAUGAGAGCUCUUUCAACUAUGAAUUAGUGGAAUUGGUUUGCGUCCCUCCCUAUACAACUAACAACGACGUCUAUCGCUGUGUACCAUGUGGAAGGGGUUUCUACUAUGGCAAUGAAACUCAGGAAUGUAUCCAGUGUGAAUUAGGGACCUAUCAAGACACACAUGGACAGUUCACAUGUCACCAGUGCACGGAAGGACAAUCUACUAUUGGAGUUGGAUCCAAGAAUGUGACCCAGUGCAUAGACAUCUGCCAGCCUGGUUAUAGUUCGUUCACCGGUCUAGCACCAUGCAACCAUUGCCCAAUAGGAAGCUAUCAAGAGGAAUUCUUUGCUACAGAAUGUACCAGCUGCCCUGUUGGCAUGACAACACUAAACAAAGGCUCUACUUCAUCUCUUGAAUGUAUUGAGUUUUGUGCAGCCGGAGAGUACUCUUCAUCAGGCUUUGGCCCUUGCAUGGCAUGUCCGCUUGGUACUUAUCAGAGUGGAACUCAGCGAAGUACAUGUCAUCAAUGUCCGGGUGAGACUACAACACUGCAGACAGGUUCUACUGAUGCAUCUAUGUGUGCUGAUAUUGAUGAAUGUGAGAACCAGCCGUGCCAAAAUGAUGCAAGCUGCCUUGAUGGAAUUAACUCCUUCACAUGUAUCUGUGGAUUAGGAUAUACAGGGUCUACGUGUGGUGAUCAGAUUCUACCGUGUGACUCCGAUCCCUGCCUCAAUGGAGCGUCUUGUGUGGAUGAAGUCAAUCAGUUUACAUGCAUGUGUGCUCCAGGAUAUACAGGCUCCCUGUGUGAGGAAGAAAUUGACUAUUGUGAUCUAUCACCAUGCAUGAACAGUGCAACCUGUACGAAUAGCAUUGGCGAUUUUGAGUGCUCUUGUCUCUUUGGCUUUGGUGGAAAAACUUGCUCAGAGGACAUAGAUCAUUGUCUUGAUAAUGCAUGUGAGAAUGGUGCAACCUGCUUAGUCUCUGAACUGUCAUUAGGUGGAUACACCUGUCAGUGUGAAGAGGGAUAUAUAGGAGUGAAAUGUUCUAGUAACAUUGAUGAUUGUAAGAGCAGUCCUUGCUUAAACGAUGGUAAUUGCACUGAUGGCAUCAACAGUUUCACCUGCUCAUGUACAACGGGAUACAACGGUUUUAUAUGCGACAAUGACAUUGACUUGUGUGCUGAUUGGAACUGCCAAAAUGGUGGCACUUGCAAAGAUCUUGGAAAUAGAGCAGUCUGUGCGUGUCCUGAGGCUUAUGCCGGACAGUUUUGUGAUGAAGUCAGGACAGCAUGCAGUGACUCUCCCUGCAUAAAUGGAGGCACCUGUACAGCUGUUGAUGAUACCACCUUGGCCUUUGACUGCAUCUGUACCGAGGGAUACAUUGGACAGACCUGUGAGACAGAGGUCAACUUCUGUCAGCCAAAUCCUUGUAGGAAUGGAGCUAUCUGUGAGGAUCAACCUACAACUUACAUCUGCCACUGCCCUGACGGAUAUGAAGGGGAAACCUGUACUGAGGAGAUAAGAUGGUGUGAUAGCAAUCCAUGUGGAUCGGAAUCAACCUGCAUAGAAGAACCCCUUUCCUUCAGAUGCCUGUGUGAUGUAGGUUACUUUGGAGAGAGAUGUGAAGAGGUGUUGACUGUCUGUGAUGCCCAAGACCCUUGUCUCAAUGGAGCUACAUGUAACGGAGACUCUCUUACAUUUCAAUGCCAGUGCCCAGCAGCAUAUCAAGGGUUGUUAUGCGAGCAUGAGAUCAACCCCUGUGCUUCUUCACCCUGUCUAAAUGGAGGUUCCUGUGUGAAAGAUCUACAGUUUUAUCGGUGUGACUGUACUGCAGGGUUUGAAGGAAUACGCUGUGAAGUCGAUCGGGAUGAAUGUGCAAGCGAGCCAUGUGAGCAUGGAGCAUGUAUUGAUGGAAUCAACGCUUUCUCCUGUGACUGUGAAGCUGGAUACACUGGCCAAUCAUGCAGUGAAGACAAGUUUUGUGACGCCAACCCAUGUCAGAAUGGGGGAUCUUGUGAAAACCUAAACACAAAAUUCAGUUGCCGGUGUGCUCCAGGAUUUCAGGGGAAAACAUGCAGCAGGCAAAUAGACUACUGUCGUCAAAAGCUAUGCAUAGAUGAAAAUACUGUAGGCUGUGAGAAUUUAAUCGAUGAUUACACAUGUAUGUGCAAGGAUGGUUUCACUGGAUUAAUAUGUGAGUCUGAGAUCAACGAAUGUGAGAUGUCACCAUCCCCUUGUCAGAAUGAUGGAAGGUGUAUCAACCAAUGGGGAACAUUCAUCUGCCAGUGUCAACUAGGCUUCACUGGUAAUCUGUGUGAAAUAAACAUUGCUGACUGCGUGAACCAUGCCUGUGAAAACGGGGCAUCCUGUAUAGACGGCAUCAAUAGCUACAGCUGUCUUUGUAAUGAAGGAAGAUACGGGUCACGGUGCCAGCUGAAGUUAACACCAUGUGAUAACAACCCCUGCUACAAUGGUGGUGUGUGCACUGUUAAUCGAGAUGGUUUCUCCUGUGAAUGUCUGCCUGGCUUUGCAGGACCUUCCUGUGAAGUUGACAUUGAUGACUGUGUCAAUCAUCGCUGUGCUAGCGGCUCGACCUGUGAAGACCAGUGGGACAGCUACCGCUGUAUAUGUCCACUGGGUGUUACUGGAGACUUCUGUGAUCAGGAAAUUGAUGACUGUCUUUCUGGUCCUUGCCAGCAUGGAGCGACUUGUAUAGAUGGAAGAUCAAGAUAUACAUGUGCCUGCUCAAGUGGAUUCACAGGAUACGUCUGUGAAGUUGACAUCCUUGAAUGCUUCUCUAACCCUUGUGUCAACUUUGGUACAUGCAUAGAAGGAACUGAUAGGUUUGAUUGCCAAUGCGCAGAAGGUUAUCGUGGUACAAACUGUGAAGAGCUUGUAAGUUCGUGUGUUUCCAGCCCAUGCAAGAAUGAUGGCACCUGCACAGACAGCUUCAUGCAGUAUAUCUGUACUUGUCAUCCUAGCUAUACGGGGGACGAAUGUGAAACAGUUAUUCCUGAUAAUUACGAUCUCAAACUGGUUCCUGAGAUAUCUUCCAUUGUGUUUUCUGCUGAUGUGAGCACCGAAUUGCAGAAUGUAUCUGUUUCUCUCUGGGUGAAGGCAGAUAUGACAUCAUCUGACAAGCAGCUCAUUCAAUUUGGGAUGGGUAAUCUUCAGUUUGGCAUUUACAAUCCUUGCAGUCUUUUUUUCAAAGAAGCUGGUCGGAUUCAUUCAUCUACUGGGGCUACCGUUUGUGAUGGUCGCUGGCAUCAUGUAUUGCUCGUAUUCAUUAACACUGGAAGAUGGUCUGUUCUCCUGGAUGGCUCUGAGAUUAUGAGUGACAAUAGUGAUGCAUCUCAAUACAAUCUCUCAGGAAACUUGCAACUUGAAGUUGGAGCUGAUAAAUUUGACCAAAACGAUUCUAUUUACAUGACUGGCAUCAACGUUUGGAGUGGACAUGUUUCAGAUGACGUGUUGUCUAGAGUCACAUCGGAGUGUUUGCCACAACUAUAUGGGAACAUUAUUUCAUGGACAGACUUUGACUCCCACCAGGCUUUUCCUACAACCUCCUCGACUCCCUCAAUGUGUGAUGAUACUGAUGAAUGUCAGAGCCUGACCCCCUGCCAAAAUGGAGGAACUUGCGUGGACAAACUCCGUUCCUACACUUGCUUGUGUCUUGAAGAUUAUGAAGGAAUAAACUGUGAAAAGUUCACAGACCUGUGCAACAACGUGAGCUGUGAGAAUGGAGGAUCCUGUACUACCAUGAAUAGAACAAUUCACUGUUCAUGUCCUGAAAGAUUCUUUGGAGAGUUUUGUGAGCUUGAAAUUAUUAAUGGUAGUUGGAGUGAUUGGUUGCCGUGGAGUCCAUGCAGUGCAUCGUGUGAAGGUGGAACUCGAAACACUUCAAGGGAAUGUACCAACCCACCACCUAAUGAAUAUGGACAACCUUGUCAUGGAGAAAAUACAAAACAAGAACCGUGUAAUUCUCAGGAUUGUCCAGGUUGUCUUCAUCUGCAGAGUCCUGAGAAUGCCACACUUAACUGUUGGAGUGAAGGUGAAACCAAGAAGUGCACAGUUAGUUGUAACUCACCUGAUCUUGGCUUUGUUCAACCUACACUGGCAGAGUAUUCCUGUGGCCCCGAGUCGGUUUACAAAUGGGAUCAUGAAAAUGAUGACAACCGCAGAGCAAGUUUGCCUCCUUGCGCAGAAACGAUGUCUCCAGAUUUGUUAGAGGCGCAAGUCACUUUAACUUACUCAGGUGCAACAUGUGCUUCGGAAGCAGAUGAAGAAAGCAUUACAAAACUAGCCAGCUCUACCAUUAUGAACAAUGCUUAUGCCAGUGGCUGCAUUGAUUGUGCUCCCUCAAAUGUACAGGUCAACAAUUGUGAUCUGUCAAAGAAGAGGUCAGUUGAAGAAUCUCCUAUCACUAUCUCAUUCGACAUGGAUUUAAUCAAUGUAACUUUGGAGGAAUCAUUCAGCGAAUUUGGCAACAGUUUCGAGCAGCGUUUGGAAAACGGAUCCUUCUCCUUGGAAGUCGAUGGUGAGGUUAUUGCAGUUGACCUUAAUCAAAGUAACGGUGAGGUCAAGAUUACGUGUCCAAGAGGAUCUGGUUUUACAGUACAGGGAACCUGUGUCGUAUGUCCCGUUGGUAAUUUCCAGUCCUUCUUACCAAACACCAGCACAGCUGUUUGUGCACCCUGCAUGCUACACACCUACCAAGAUCAAAAGAGACAAGUUGAGUGUCUCCCAUGUCCCCCUGGAUUAAUAACGACCGAUCCCGGAGCUGAUGAUAUCAACUAUUGUAUAGAACCAUGUCCACUUGGCCAUUACCAAGACGUGUGGUCAGAUCCUAGUAACACUACAUGUAUUCAGUGCCCUCUUAAUACCUACCAAAACGAAAUUGGAAAAGAAAGCUGUUUCCCUUGUCCCGCUGGAUAUGUAACUCUGGAACCAGGAGCAGCAAGUGCCUCUGAUUGUGUUGUUGUGUGCCAGCCAGGGAGCUAUCUGGAAAGUUCAUCAUGUACUCCAUGUCCUCUAAACACCUAUCAAGACCAGACCAAUUAUCGUGAGGAAUCCUGCAUCCUAUGUCCUGGCAACCUGAUUACUUUCGAUGAAAGUUCAGAUAAUCUUGCAGACUGUACAGAGCCGGAUACUGACAAACGCCCCAUCGCACCAGGAAUCACUUUGGGUCAAAUACUUGGCAUCGUUUCUGGAGCUGUAGUACUGAUCAUUAUAGUGGUAGUGGGCUUUUGCUGCAAAAGGAAACAGCGCAGUCGUGCAAAGAAGAAUAUUAUGUUCCAUCCGGCUUCACAGCAUCAGAUGAAGGAGAUGGGAGAUGCUUCGAAACAGUCAGCCAUUGAUCAUGCCGGAAGUCAUCAUGAUAAUAAUGCAUAUGAAUAACAUGUAAAAACUUUGUUGUCUGAAAAGAUUCUCUCUUGAGUUGCCUGAUGAAAGGUCAAUGUAGGUAGUAACUACAAUUUGAAGGGCUUCUCAAAACGAAGGUAUAGGCCUACACACAAGAAAACUAUUAUCGUUGAACGUUGUAGAGAAGAUAUUUCCAGUGAAAGCGUUAUGAUUACAUUUAAGGUUGUUUGUAAAUAGAUCUGUUCAAAGUCAUGGUUCUUAGUCAUAUUCCCUAAUCUUUGCAAGAAGAUGCAGGUGACCAUGGUAACAUAUAGGGUAUAUUUAAUAUCACAUCAUCAACUUCAAACUGCUAUUUCAACAGAUGACAUGAACAAUUUCUGUAUCAUACUACUAGUACUUACAGUUAAAUUUGACAUAUUCUUACACCGAUGGAUUUUCACUGGACAUCGGUUGUCACAAUGACAGACAAGGACUAAAUAACAAAAAAGAAAAACAACAUCAACAAAAUUAAAAACGUAGUGCUUACUAACUGACAAUAAGGCAGUCUUUCUUUGGUGAUGGCAUGUCAAUUUUUUGUGAGACUUAGUAAUUGAACGCAACAAAGUUAUAAGAAAUAUCUUCAAGUUUGAUGUUUUAAGGAGAGUAAACUUAGUUAUGAUGGCAGAAACUUGAAUGUUACUAGUAUUUCUUUGUAAACGCAUCUAGGAUCAAUGAUUUAUAUGCUUAACUCAUUAAUUUCACUAGUGCAACUAGUGUUCAUUUUAAAAAGAUGAAGACAAUUUUUUUUAAAUUGCUAUAUUACAGUCUAUAAAAUAAAUGUAUACCCAACUAUCGUUGAUUCCCAUUUGAAAGUAAUAACCUGUGUGGCCUUCAAAUAAGCAACUAAUAAUCUAUAUAAUGAUACCUUAUUCAUAACUCAUCUGAAAUGGAUGACUGAGUAACAGCCUUUCCAAAAUGUAUUAUCACAAUCCUCUUGUACCAAGUUUGUCUGAAGCAAUGUAUGUGGGUCAGGAGCCCUUAAGAACUGCUAUUUCAAUCGGAAAAUACAUUGUCUGAAUGCAAAAGAUUGCAUCGUCAACUCGGACUACCGGUAAACAAAAGGCCCUUUUAGAACCAAACUUUAUGAUAUUCUCUGUUAUGAAACAAUCUUGGCUCUCUCGCAUGCCUUGUUUAAGGUAAGCCUUGACAUCGAGUCAUACAUGUCAUACAAAAUUAUAUAAAAGUUUAUUGUAAAUAUCUUUGGUAGUUAUCGACAUGAGUUUUUUCUUGCAUUUAUUAAAUCUUUAAGGUUAGUACCAUCUCUGAGAUUUCAUGUGCUGUUUCAAACAAAUGACUCUUUAUGCACCUCACACACCUUAUAGAUGUGAAAUGGUGCAGUGGACAAGUGAUCAGAGACAUCUUAGAUAUCAUGAGACAAGAAGUUAGUAGGUUGUUCCAAAUAAUGUAAGGUUAUCCCGUGGAUUGAGACAACUUCAGACAAGUCCUAUUCAAGGUUAGAUACAUCUUAAACAAUGGACCACUACUGAAGCCUGAAACAGGUUUUAACACUUUAAAAUGAUUUAAAAACCAAAUUUACCCAUGCAUAAGGCCCACUGACAUAAAAUACAUCAGCACAUACCAGUUGGUACAAGGAGAUUUUGAUGGAAAUUUUUAAACACUCUGGUGCUCAGUCAACUGUGGCAGAAAAUGUAUCAUAGUGGAUCGUUAGACAGAAAACAAGUAAUUCUUUACAAUAAAACAGAUUUCAAGGUCGUAUUGAUAUUGACUUUCAAUAAUUAGCUACCAAAGUUGGGUAAACUUUGUUUAAUACUCACUGUAUAAGAAUUAUCUUGAAUAUUGAAAAUUUGUAUUUGUUUUUCUCUAUAUUGAGAUCAAAUUGCACUACUUUAUAUAUAUGUAUUCUAGAAUUUAAAAUUUGUUAUUUGCUUUUUCCUAUAUUCAGAUGAAAUUGCACUACUUUAUAACUAUGUAUUCUAGAAUUUUAUAUAAAUAAUGGCUUUUUUAAAGUCAGAGGACUACUAUUCCAACAUUUUGGAUAAAGAGGAACCUCUCGUUGAAAUAUUGAAAAUUUGUAUUUGUUUUUCUUUAUACUCAGAUCAAAUUGCACUACUUUAUAUAUGUAUUCUAGACUUUUAUAUAAAUAAUGGCUUUUUAAAGUCAAGAGGGCUACUAUUUCAAAAUUUUGGAUAAAGAGGAACAUCUCACUGAAAUAUUGAAAAAUGUUAUUUGUUUUUCUCUAUAUUCAGUUCAAAUUGUACUACCUUAUACAUGUAUUCUAGAAUUGAAAAUUUGUUUUACUCUAUAUUCAGAUCAAAUUGCGCUACUUUAUAAAUAUGUAUUCUAGAAUUUUAUAUAGAUAAGGGCUUUUCAAGUCAGAGGGCUACUAUACCAACAUUUUGGAUAAAGAGGAACAUCUCACUGAAAUAUUGAAAAUUUGUAUUUGUUUUUCUCUAUAUUCAGAUCAAAUUGCACUACUGUAGGCAUUAUGUAUUCUAGAAUAUAACAUUUGUUAUUUGUUUUUCUCUAUAUUCAGAUCAAAAUGCACUACUUUAUAUAUAUGUAUUCAAGAAUUGUAUAUAAAUAAGGGCUUUUAAAGUCAGUGGGCUACUAUUCCAACGUUUUGGAUAAAGAGGAACAUCUCACUUUCACAUCAACACGUAUCUUGUAUCACUAAUGCCGUGCAUGGCCGAGUAUAUGCUUCAUACUUGCUGAAGAUGAUAGCUAUUACGUUAUCUGUUGCAAGUUUUGGUAAGAAGAUAAAACUUGAAACUUGAAACUUAAAACUUGAUAACAUCAGUGAUGCAAGAAAAGUAUCAAUGCAAAAAUGACGAGUUCCUCUUUAUUCAAAACCUGCAUGUAAUUAACGUAAUCAGAGUAAAUAACGUUCGAAUAUUAAUGCUCUCUGUUUGAAUUGGUUUUAUUUUGUUAUACAAUGUACAAUGUUAUUCAUAUUAGUCAUUUGAUUUAUUUUGAAGAACUGUUAUUAUUUCAAAAUUGUGAGUACAGUAAUUUUAUAUCAAUUUUUGUAUACCUAUCUUAAUUUUGUAGAAAUUAAGUGAUAGCACUUAUUACCACUAAAAAAAGAAAAUUAUGAGUUUAGUGUUUAUGGGAAACGAGCAUGACCUGAUAAUUUUCAAACAGUAUACCCAGAAGCCAGAAUCGUUUUAUAUUGGGAUGCAUGGUACAUAAUAUGUUACUCAGUAGUUUUCUGCCUAAACAAAUGUAUAUAUUUUCAGUGCUUUAUAAAAAAAUCAAUGCAGUGUGCGAAACCAGUUACCGUUUGUUUACAAUACCUAGCUAGCUGUUGCAUUACUCUGAUACAUAGGACUUUGCAAAUUUACGAUUUAUCGCUGAGGUAAUCUUCAUGUACCGGUAUAUCUGCCUUUGGGCAGAAAAGAAGAUGUAUACAAGCUCUUGACUCAUAGCAGUAGUGUUUCCUUUAAGUGCCUUUUUCAUUGACCAGAAUGCUAGGAAUUCCAAAUUUACUUGAGCAAAAAGAGCAAAAGACACAGGAAAUUCUGAGUUUAUUUACAAUGCAGUAUAUUGUGUCGUUCUCAAAUAAAAGUGAUUCAAUUGUAACUAAUCACUGAAGUCUUUAAAUUUGCAACGCAGAUACGAACAUAAAAUAUUUAUUUUCCUGUACAAAUUGGCCAAUUUCAGAUUAGAUUUUUUUUUUUUUUUUUUCACAUUGGUUAUUGAAAUGAACAUUUUUGUUUUUUGAAAAUAUGCAGGAAAAUAACAUUAGUUGCUGCCCACUUGAGAAGGGAAAAGGGAUUAAACUAAAACCGAAAAAAAGGAAACUCUGAACUGCUAUGGUUUGAUAUACAUGUCCCACACUAUACCUUGUUUAUCACUUUAAUUCUUGAUAUAUCAUUUUUCCUUACUUGAAAUAACCAAGAAAUGCAUGUAAAGGUGACUGCGUAUAUAUAUUAAAAAAA